CAUUGUGCCAAGUACUCCCUAGAAGCAACCUUUUACAUAGUGUUUACAUAUGCUGCGAGCACCCUAGCGGUUUCCUUUGGUAUUGUUUAUUCCUGGCCCUACGCAUGCCUACCCUGCUCUAAGGUUACAUCUAGCUAGAAUUUGUCCAUCUAGAAGUCAUGAGCAGCAAGCGGAGCGGGAGAUCAUCUAUUGCACCGCGGAAUCAAGAGGAAGCCCAAGGCGGGGACGCCGCGGAAGCGUCACCCCAACAGAAUGGGGGCAAUGAGGGGGGCGAGGACGCGCCUGCGCCCGCGUCUGCAGCUGCUGCAGCACCUUCCAAAGGACCCGUCUCGGUUGGUCGCUCUCUCGAGAUACAAAGCACUCCAGACGUUUGCAUGGAAAUGUUGACGGACAAGCUAAAGCUUCUAAACUAUGAGGCCGACUUUUGCAGAAAGAAGAAGCCCUACCGAAAACCGCUCUCUAGAUUAUACUUUGCAGUCCCCAUGACGAACACCAGCGAGCAGUUCUUCUACUUUACAAGCUUGGCCCACUGGUUGCUCUCCCUGGCGGGCCAGGACAUGCCCACGCCUAAGGAGUUUGACGACCCCAACCAGACCUGCUCCAACCUGCUGGGGGCUGUGAAGCGGCUGGGCUUUGCGCCGCCCACCUACCACCCCUCCAAGCUCACGGUGGGCAACGGCAAGGAGGUGGUGGGGGUGCUGGACGCGCUCGUGGACUAUGUGCUGGAGAAGCGGCACCACACCUACAAGCGGCCGCAGUACACGGACGGGGGCCCGGACGAUGGGUUGAUAGUGGACGAUGAGGCGGAGUCAGCGGCCAUGGAGGGAGCGGACGAGCUGGCCGCGCCCACACCCGCUGGCGGUGAUGACGACGAAGAAGAGGAGGGGGUGUACGUGGAGCCGGGGCGCGGGGACGUGUCGGGGCCGGGGGCGGGCCAGACGGGCACCAUCGAUGCGGAAAAGGCGGUCCUGGUGUCCAAGGUGGACCCCACGCUGUGGAAGAUCGAGCUGGAGCGGGUUGCACCCAAGCUGCGGAUCACCAUUGCGGCAGACUCCAAGGACUGGCGCUCGCACCUGGACGAGGCGCACCAGCACAAGGAGGUCAUCGGCAAGGCGUGGCCCGACAGCAAGCAGUCUCUGGAGCGCCUGCGAACCGACCUCAACGGCACCCUGGAGAAACUCCAAACCCGCGAGAAGUUCCUAAACGAGCAGUUCGAGAGCCUCAUGCAGCAGUACCGCGCCGCCCGUACGGGACUAACUGACGUACAGGAGACGUACAACCGCAAGACGGAGGCGGUUGCGGACCGCAACAGCGAGCUGCACCGGAUCGCGGAGCAGCUGGAGGAGGUGAAGGCCAUGAUGGACGAGAAGGGCAGCAACAUUGCGGACGCCACGCCGGUGGCGCGCAUCAAGACGGCGAUCAAGCAGCUCAACAAGGAGCUGCAUGACAUGGAGGUGCGGAUCGGUGUGGUGAGUCACACGCUGCUGCAGCUGUCGUUGCGGAACAAGCGGCUGCUGCAGGCGCAGGCGGCGCUGAGCGAUGAGGAGGAGGACUGAAGGGGGGCUGCUGGCGGGGGUUGUGGCGCAUGUGCUUGGUGGUAUGCGGGUGAGCUGAGCUGCGACAUGCGAGUUUGGGCUGGCGGGAAGGGGACAUGCGAGUUUGAGUGGGUGAUGUGAGCGAGAGCCUGUUGCGAAGGAGCUGGGGCGAGGUUACGUAAAAACGUACUGGUAUAUGUGCUACGUGGCCUUAUACGUGCGGGUAUUGGUAUGGCUCUGCACGGGUGGAGUGGAGACACGGUGCAGAGCAGAAAGUGAUUAGGACUGUCGGACUUGCUUGCAAGUGCAAGGCGCUGGGGGUUGCGACGCAGGUGUUCUGCCUCUGUUGUCGUACUGGGUACAGUGCGGCGGAUAGCAACAGCGCAUGCUCCUGGCGAGCGUCAUAUGAUAAUCAUGGAGGCGUUUAUGAUAGAAGGCGUUAACGCGAGGAUUGUCCUCGCGCUUCGCCUUGCAUCCUCUACUUGUACAGAACUUAACUGCCGCUGCGAUAGCGGUUGGGACCUGAGUGUUGGACUUGCCGCGGUAAUGCGUGGAGUAGGAAAAGCUAUUACGCCGGGUAUGUUUAGGAACUCGUCUCGGCUGUAGGGGACUUGGCUUUCCGGUCAACAUGCUGACAUGCGAGUCGCGAGUGUACCCUGCUUGUGAGGUGCCAUUAGCAAUAAU